CAUACCUCCUGCGAUAGACCUAUCCCAUUGUCUUCCUCUGCGCGCAUCGCUGCAGAACCCGCCCGCAUCGCCUAUACCGUUCUGCGAAGCCAUGAGGGGAUGGCCACAGUGACUGAGAGUCCGCAGAGAGCUCCUCUGCCUGCUAACGGUCAUGCCGAUCUGAUUCCGAAUCGCAUUGUACCUAUCCCAACCCCGACCCCGACCAUCCAAAUGUCUGCUCCAUCUCCCGGUGAGCCUAUGGAGAUCACUUCCUCCAACAACGCCAGCACGACCUCUCCUUCGAGCAAGCACAACGAUACGGAUGCCAACGGCGCAUCCAAGCACACCUCGCCUACAGACCAAUCUGCGAACAACUCGAUCGCCAUGCCCGCCGCGCCCGCAGCUGCGGCCGCGGCUGUGCACCAGCCAAAGAUUGUGCAGACAGCUUUCAUACAUAAGCUGUACAGCAUGCUGGAGGACCCAAGCAUACAGCAUCUGAUAUCAUGGUCAGCGAGUGCUGAAAGCUUCGUUAUGUCACCGUCCGCGGACUUUUCCAAGGUUCUAGCACAAUAUUUCAAACACACCAACAUAUCCUCUUUCGUCAGACAAUUGAACAUGUACGGGUUUCAUAAAGUGAGCGACGUUUUCCACACGACAAAUCCCGAGACCGCUUUGUGGGAAUUCAAACAUGGAAACGGCAAUUUCAAGCGAGGCGACCUGGUUGGACUCCGUGAAAUCAAACGGCGAGCUUCACGUCAUGCUCUUGUUCACCGGGAGUAUCCCAACUCAAAGCCCAGCCCUUCGCAGCCCGGAACGCCUUCGGAACCGAUGCCUCCCCCGAGCGAUGGCUCCGAAAUGCGUAUGCCUGGGCUCGAGCAUACGCUGUACGACCUGAGCAUGCGACUGCAGAGAAGUGAAGAGAAUGCCCAUUACAUGCAUAUUAAGCAGCAAGCGGUGAUGGAAACAAUGUCACGGCUCCUCCAAUUCAACCAAGAGUUGUCUAGGACGGUGCUCAGUCUCGUCCCUAGUCCCGACAACCCAGUGCACCGGGAUGUUCUCAGUUUGCAAUCGGAAAUGGCAAGACAGGCCGAGAUGCUCCGAACUAUUGAUGAUCCCCAGGAAUCGCCAUUCUCAAGCAGCCGAGCAUACUUCACCAACGUGGAGAAUGCACCGGUUUCGCCGCGGCAGUUACCCCAGGAUGACCCAAGACGAAACGCGAAUCUUGCUGUUCCCCAGCCCAGAGGGCAGAAUUUCUACCGGCCUCCUGUGCCUUCGAAUCUCUCGAUCAGCACGCGAAGACCCUAUGGCUCGAUUGGUGGUGGUUCGGUUGGCGGUGGUUCAGUGCCACAGGCCUCAUCUCCCUUGCGGGGGGCGCCGCCUCCGCCUCCUCCGGGGCCGCAUCCCUUGGCUCAGGUUGAGCCGCCUCCUGGAAGUCUAGCAAGACGUCACACAUCGGCUGAUAUACGGGCACACGGGUGGCAGCCCAGUGCCCCGCCGCCGCCGUUUGCUUCAGGGCCUCCAUCAGGACCGCCUUCCGGACCUUGGCCAUCUUCGCCCAGCCGACUCGCGCCGGAGGACCAGCGCCUAAGGGAGUCGCUGUCCACCUACUCACUGCAAAACGCGACCCAAGUACGGCCUCUAUCGCGACCGACCACACCUCCUGGCGCACCCUUCUCGAAUGGUGGUGGUGGGGAUACCUUUGGCAACUGGUCGUGGAACUCGGCCAACCGGGACAACAAGAAUUUGGCCAUCAGAGAUCAUUCAGGACCACCCACGCGUCGCGGAAGUAUGGCGCAUAUCCUCAACCCGACUGACACGGCUGAACGAGACGACGAGGAUGAGGAUCCCCGAGGCGACGAUGAUCGGAAGCGCAAGCGUAUGCAGUGA